AUGAAGGAUGGAGAGUCCAUCACGACCCAUUUGCAAAGAAUGCAAAAAUAUGUGGAUCGAUUGCUCAAGUUGAACGCAAAAUUCGAUGAAGAUUUGGCCAUUGAUAUUAUCCUCCAGUAUUUACCUGCUUGUUACGAACAGUUCAAGAUGACUUAUCAUAUGAACAAGGAUGAGGUGACCUUGAGCAAACUUCAAGAGUUGUUAAGAACUAUUGAAACCGGCUUGAAAGGAAAAGCUGUCGCAUCAAAUCCUACUACCGCUGCCCCUGUCCUGGCAAUUGGACAAGGGAAAGGGAAGAAGAGGAAAGGUCCUUAUAAGAGUCACAAGGGAAUGUCUCAUGAUGGUUCUUCUUCAAGUAGAACCAAAGGUGGUUUUUCUGCUCCUUCGUCUAAUCCAGAAGAUGCAGAGUGA